AUGAACGUCUUGGAAAAGGCAGAGAAAGCUUUAGAGUACUUGAAAAAUAACGAAGGUUCCAAUAAGAGUCAUGAGCUGCAAGCAGCAGCUGGGACAUUGGGGAGAUGUCUGGGUGCUCUUGGUAGCCGACCGAAUUGUGCCAGGCAUUAUGCAAAUUUAUUGCACACAGCAGCCCCUACUUUGCUUGCCUUAGCAAGUAAUAACAGUGCAGAGGUUCGUUUGGUUGGCGAUGAGGCACUGAAUAGGGCUGUGGUUGGAGGUUUUGCAUUCCACUCCCAUAAAACCAAUACAAUUUUACAAAAUCUCAUUGACCACACUAAAAAUGCAAGAUGGAUUCGUGCGGCUCUAACACGUGUUUGCCUAGGAGAUUGUUGGCUUAGACCUGGCUCUGGCAAAAUUCGGUCACAAGCACAGACUUUGUUCCCAAAACUAACUCAGAUAGUACAACAGACAAAGGAAAUUCAACUUAUUGUGGAAGCACUAGAGAGCAAUUUGCCAAGAAUCUUGACAGCUCUGGCUGAAUAUACUACAGAUGAAGAAAUUUCUGAGUUGUCUAAGUCACUUCUGUCACAUGUUGAUUCAAGUGAGCCUGCAGUAAGAAGAGGAAUAUCAUCAUGUGUAGCUCAUCUUUGUCUACAUAGAGAUUUACUGCUUACAAGUGUACUGACUAAAGUUUAUGAAAAGCUUUGGCCGACGUCAUACGACAAUGCAACUGUAAUGGGCUGGUUUUGUGUCAUCAAAGCCAUAUUCCAGUUGAACGAUAUAUCGAAGUUCACUGAAAACGACUUGUUCGGCGUUGAAGAUUAUUUAGAGUUAUAUCAACUUUGCAUACAUUACAUAGAGCAGAUUGAAAAUGAUCACAACAUUCAGAAUGCGGUCACUGAAUGCCUCACUGUGCUUCUUUCUCAAGCUUCAGGAGAAUAUAGGAAAGUCCUCAUUGAAAAGCACCCUGUUGUUGUCUCUUUAGAUGAGAGGCAAAGUGGAAAAGGCCACAGAAGGAAUAUAAGUUCCACAAGUGUGAUAUCAGCUCGAUACAUUCCUAGUCCCGCAUCAGAGCCACGUGAUCAGCUCGAGCUUUCGUUCAAAGGCGAAUUACAACUAGGCAGUCUCCUACAACUCAACACGCCAAGUUUAAGUGUUGAGGAUUUAAGUAUACAGACGCCUGUGACUCCAGUUAGCGGUACAGAUAUUCCGCUGCCUACCGCUGAAGAGUUAACUAAAGAAGUAACAGAUAGAUUGCAAGAGUAUGAAGAUGAUCAAAAGAGUGAAGAAGGCGACCAACCAGAUCAUGCUGUUGAGUCUGUAUUUAAGAUAAACAUCGGUAGUUCUUUGGAUAAUGAUGUCCCUUUGAAAUACUGUUCAAGGCUUCUAGCUUCGAAAUAUUUACUGACUGGUAAUAAAGGCGAUCUUAUUUCAGACAGAUGUGUUAGGGUAUCAGUAAAGUCUACGGCAUUGAAUUGCUUCGCGGAAAUACUGCGUAUAUACCCUCAGGCGAUGACUAUUUACCUCGAUAAAGAUGCUGAUGUCAAAACACAUAACAUUUCUGGAUCAUCUGAAGGCACCGAUUCUAAUCAAGACCACAUUAAUGAUUUUAUACUAGAGAGAAAUGUAUGCUACCAGGAUUCUUUAACGGAUUCCUUGAGUCAAGACUUGCUUAACCAAAGCAGUGAUAGUCAGCCUCUAUCUCACCCUAUAUCAAAGAAAGAUAGCAAAUCAUUAGACAAAUCACAAGAAAGUGUCGAACAAAAGAGCUCCUCUAAAGACGUACAAAGUGCAAUCUUAGACAGUAAGCUGUACGUGAAAAACGAACUUAUUACGAGUGAAAUAAGCGACAGUAUCCCUAAUACUAAUAUGACGAAUAGUAAUUUCACUACUAAUUCGAACAUGACUGGGAGUAACGAUCCCACCACCGGUUAUCCGAUGUCAAGUAGUGGAGACAUUUUAUCGUCGAGUAUCGAUUUGGAUAUGAAGUUCGACCAUUUUGGAGAAUCUACCACUAAUCUUGAUCAUCUCGGUGCACUGAAAGAUUUGGAGAGGAAAGAGGAACGAGUUAAAAGACCGUUGACGCGCACUGAUGAAGUUCAUAGUAAAGAUGCACCUGAUGGAUUAAUUGAGAAGAGCGUUAAAAGUGACGACGCCUUAGACAGUGAAAAAACUUUCGAAUCCCAACACAUGUCUGAUAGUUUUGUGUUACUGGAAGGUCAUAGUGAUCCACAGAUUAGAGGUCUGGUGAGAUUGUGUAUUGGAAAUUAUUUGACUGCCGCUUUGGUUCUCUCGCAUGGCGAUUAUCAUAGAUGGAGGAAUUUCAGUAGUCUACCUAAGGAUGUCAGCGAGAAUAUUAGCACUGAUAAAUUGUUUGCAAUAAUUUUGAAAGGCCUAUCAGAUGAUAUACAUUCCACAGUUAAUCAUACGCUUUCAAGUCUGAUAGUUGUAACUCCAGCACUUUGUAACAGUUUACAUUGGCCUCUAGUUGCGGACGCGUUGAACGCUCUUGUCAACGUUGAGAAUAAUAGUUACUGGUUAUGCAGGGUUAAUUUGUGUAAGCUCUACGAAAAGUUGCCUUAUGAGAAAUUAUUUAUGUUGUAUGAUAACUACCGUCAUAAAAGCAAAUUAAUAAUGGACACUUUAAUUCGUCUUUUGGGUGAUCAAGACCAAAAAGUGAGGAAUGCAGCAUCACAGACCAUCACUAACAUAAUUCCGUAUUUGUACCCUUCGAGACGAGAAACGCCCACUACAAUGGCUACAAAAUUAGCAAAGAGACACAGCGAUAAUUUCAACUUUGAUCAUAAAAAAAUGUCGUUGGAACUAGUCAGAGAGUUGUAUUUCUACAAUGAUUUACCUCGGCAGUUGAAAUGUGGAGCGACAUUGAAUGAGGAUUGCUUGAAAAUGUUGGUCGCUGAUUUGGUGUCUAAAUUGAUGACUUCUAACAGUAAAUCGUAUUCGCAAGGAGUUUUGGAGACUUUGCAAGCUGUUUGUAGAAAAUAUUCGCCAUGGAAAAAUCUAGAAGCCUAUUCUGAUCAAGGACUUCUGAGCUUCUGUCUGGAUAGUUUAGACUACUGCAAUGGCACAGUGCCAGUAAGGACUGUGCUAUUAGAACUUUGCGCAUUCAUUUAUCCAGUUGAAAUACAUAACAUCAUGCGUCAUAAAACAAAUAACAGAGAUAUUUUUGAACGCGACUCACAAACUACUAAAGACAGGUGGCUGCAUCUUGAAAAUGAACCUGUCGCUAAUUUGGCCGAGAAGUUUCUGCAAGUUACACUAAAAAUGUUGAAUGUUUUGGUUCACUUGAUUGAGGAAGUUAAUCCUAAUGUGCAUUUGAAUAGGAGUGGUAUCGCUUUACCAGGCAGUCCUGUAAGGAGGAAAACUAAAGAUUCUAUACAGCGUAAGAGCGGUAAUAUGAACGAGACAUUAGACGAGAAAAGUUCUCUUAGGAAGAAAUUGCCGACUCCGACUAACACAUUGAAAGCCAAUUUUGCUGGACAUUUCUUCACAGAACCUUUCUAUAUGAGAUUCUAUGAAAAUCUAAGAGCAACAUACUCUAAUUAUAAGAUAAAUCUCGUUCCUAAGUCGAGUAUGUUCCACGAAUAUCUGACUACAGUUUUGAAUUGUCUGGCUGUCCAACUAGAGUUGGCCACUGAGAAAGAAUUUGGUGUUGUCACCGAAGAAAUUCUGUAUUACUUCAAAGUAAUCAUGCCUCUAUGUCCUGACACCACAGUAUACUGUAUCACGCAGUUAUUGAAAUGCUUAUUCGGCACAAACCUAAUUAGUCAAUAUUCAGACCAUCUCAGUAUAGCCGAUAAGGUUGAAGUUCCUACAAACAAAUGUUUUUAUCAAGACGUUAUGUUGAUAAAUGAUUUUCACAUACAAGAAGAACAGUCUAGAAGGAGUAGCGUCUGUUCUAACACUAGUCAGAAAUUGUCUUUGGACAGCAAGAAUCCUAGGAUGAUAGCUGAGCGGCAGCUAUUGAUGAGUAUGGAGAAUUAUUCUAAGAAUAGGACUGACAGAAAAUUUAGCACUAACAAGAAGGAAUUGGAAAGAUAUAUAAGAUUGUUUGAGCCGGUUGUGAUUCAGGCGUUAAAGAGCUACACGAUGCAAAACGAUAUACCCCUGCAAUGUGCGGUACUCAGUUUGUUAGAUCAACUGUUGACGUUGAGAGUCAACUACUGCAUGCUCGACAGCGACCAAGUUUUCAUCGGAUUUCUAUUAAAGCAGUUAGAUUUGGUAGAACAGCACGAGAUUCCAAACUGCUGUGAUCUGGUCAACUCUGUUUUGACGUUCCUCGUACAGUUGUCCACAUCAAAACACCAUUCGAAGCAGUUGAUUGAAAUACCUAAGCUUAUACAGCUCUGCGACGGAUUAAUGGCUUCUGGGGCACAUGCCGAGUGUAUAGCGGGUCUGGAGCCAGUUGCUGUAAAAGUUUUCAGCAAUAUGGGAGGUGCCAGUAUUUUGGGCAGAACUCAACAACAAGAUGCCCAGGCUACUAAAGAAGUUUUAUUUUAUAUGCUUCAGAAGACUAUGCAUCAGAGGAAGGUGCUAGACCUUGUGUCAUGUGUACUGUCUCUCUCACAAGAGCAUCCCGAGUCUUACUACAGAUGGUCAGAGCUUGCGUGCGACACGCUAUUAAACCUCUUGAGUCAAAGGUCAGUUGAAGUGGACUGUAGAGAAGCCAUAUCGUCAUUGGAGAGACUGCUGGAUUCCGUGUACAAAGAUGUACUUUUGGAGCAGAGCAGAGUGGAGUUGGUACUUAAGAUACUAUUUAAGGCACCACCUGAUCAGGCAACCAUACCAUACAAAAUGAAAUUACGUUACUUAUCAAUAAUAAUGGUUUUACUGCGAAAAGUACUUAUCCUCAUACCAGAGAGCGAGAUAUUGCUCUCAAUAAACUACCUCAAAGCUACUUGCGUAUCACCACAAUCCAUCUUCUUCAACGCCAAACUAGAUAUCGAUCCGUUAAAUGUUCAAAACGUCAAUGAGAAUUGCGCCAAUCUCUCGCCAGAUGUCGUCUUGGUCAGAUUUCUAUUCAAAACAUUAACUUACGCUAUAACAGAAAUGGAUUCGUGUCACGAAGAGAGUUGUUCUGAUUUCGACCGUAAAGAUGGUAACAGUAGAGUUCAAAAUCAUAGUUUGUUGUAUGCAGUAUGUGUCAAUAUAAUUGUUCAAGUGAAACAUAUGCUCCAUUUAACGGAUGGUUGCCUUUUUCCACUUACUGCAAAGACAGCUCAAAGUCUUCUACAUAACGAGCAAAGUGGAUUGAACACGGGCCUAUACAGUCCAGAGGAGAACAUACCGCUGGACUUACUUAACUUGAUCUGUUUAAGAUCUGCACAUAGAGCCCCGUUGCUGACCGUACACUGGUCACAUUUACUGAUAAGACUGAAUUUCCUUUCCCAUAAGUUUUGGCAGAAACUUAUUGGAUUUGCCAGGAAUCUUCCUCUUAGUGCACACAGUGGGGAUACAAAGCUGCUAUGUGCUGAUAUAUUGCAAAUAGCUUGCGUCAUGGCGUAUUGCGAGUAUUUUGUUGAAAAUGGGUUAUCAGAAGCUGUACAUUUGACAUGGCUGCUUGUAAACCGAGUUCAUAUUUUAGUUCACCAAUAUCACUCUGAGAUAGUACAGAAGUUGAUUUGUAAAGUGCAACAAACUAGUGGCGCUUCUGGACUUCUGUUACAAGCAAUCGCCGCUAGAUGUCAAACUUGUUUGAAGGAUGAGUUCGCGUUAAAUACUUACAAAAUUUUGUCAUUAUGUCACGAAAGUCAAUCGGGAGCAUUAGUUUUUCUAAUAUGUCGUAUUAUUGGAAAAUUGGAGCCGGCUUUAGCUGUGAGAUUUGCGAAACUUGCAGUGGAGCGAUGCAAAAUGUUAAAAGAUAUGCCAAUAGAGAAAAUUCACGUACAAUUAGCGAAAGAAGAUGUUCAAGUCGCGUUAGAGCUAUUGCAGAGAGACAAAGUGCACGUGCGCUAUUCUUCUUUAGUGUUAGAGUUGAACUCGUUGGCUUCGAGUGUAUUUGAUCUGUCUCCUUUAGACCUGUCACAGGAUAGGGCGAUCAAUCCUCAAUACAUAGUCACUACUAGCGUCGAUUCUAAUUGGUUACUCAAUCAAGUAAAGUCUAGGUGUUGUCAAGUCGAUUGUGUUGCACCUAAAGUGCCCAAGCAUCAUGAGUUGGCACUUCUCUUAUCCAAUUUGACUCGAGAGAAUUUGACCACUGUUGUGACGUGUCAAGAGUUUGACAAGAAUCUCCUUAGCUCGUGUUUCAAAGUGUCUUGCGAUAAUUUCCUAAAAGAGUUUCUUAAUAAUUUAUCAACUUACGAAACUAGAGAAGCAGAAAGGGACGCUUUAAAACGACAAAGGGAGAUGAUGAAAUCAAAAGAAGAGAUGACGUCAUCGAUUGAUAGUAAUAAAUUGAAUGUUGUCAACACAUUGCACGUAUUCAAAAAAAGUGACAACAAAGAGUCCAAAUCCCAGUUCUUUAUUCCUAUAUCGGAUAAUGAAAUCAAAGAAAGAUUCGGUAAUUUAGAACUGUCUGAUGAUGAAACGGAAUUAGUAAUGCCUGAUAUACCAGAGCUGUACCAAGUGGCCUUAACCACCUUUGACAAAUCUUUGACUGACGUGAUAAGAUUAUUCCCUAAGCAAAAUCGGCCUCUAAGCCAAUCAGAAAAUUUCAAUUUGAAUUUAGAAUUGACAAUAGAUAGAUACACGCGGAGAUGCCAUCAAGUUUUUCAAGACAAACUCUUUUAUCAAGAAUUCGUGACGUUGCAAACCAUUUUGACGGGCCUGUUGAACGCUUUAGAUAGGAUCAUUUGCACAGUCGACGAAGCCGAUUGUGAUUUGCUAGAAAAGUCCAUGGAAAACAUUUUACCCACUGUCUUAGCUAAAAAUAUAGCGAUAUUCUCAGUGAUUUCAUUGCAGUACCUUUCUUUUCUGAUAAAAAAUAAAAAGAUAGUCGAAAGCCCGGUACAGACUGACGUUUCAUUUAGAGUGUCGGCUUCGGUGACAGAAAACGUCAUCGUCGACAACGUUAUUCAGAUGGUGGUGGAAAACGUGGCUGAUGCGUUGACAUUUGAAGAGAUAUGGACCGAGUUGAAUGUCGAUAGUAAUGUUAAUAGGACACAGUCGGCAAUCAGUUGUUUGUAUGCUGUAGUUAAAUAUUUAGUCAAGGAUACAAGACCUCUAAUUUUAAAACACUAUAUGCACAUAGCUGAUUCCGGUCCCCAACCCGAUCUAGUCAUAGUAGGUGAUAAAUUGGUAACACUUAUAGAUUACUGGGAGCAAUAUAUGUGUGUGAGACAAACCGAUUGUUUACCGAAGUGUUACAAAAAAUCUUUAGAGAGGUUGCUGGUCAGCUUCUCGAGAUUAGACAUCGUGAGCAACAUAGCAUUGAUACCACCAAUAGCCUGGUCUUCUGUAGAAGUUGUGUGUAAGAAUGAUCAAAUUCAAAAGAUCGAUUUGCCUUUGCAAGCUCUACAGGACAUGGAUGUGUUAGAGGCAUUCUUGUUCAGAGUCAACUUAAUAGGCUGGUCGUCAAAGAAACAGUUUGAGGAGAUAUGGGUGGGUCUUCUUGGUGCGUUACAAGGCAAUGGGACGCAUUGGGCUGUACGAGGCAUCACACAGUUGCUGAUAAACACUGCUCCUCGAGUUAAGAGGCGGGGCAUAUUGCACGUGCCUCGGACGAAUCAUCACAUUACUGUUGGUAUGCAGAGGCUGCGAAACCUCCUAGUUGGCACAUCAGCAUACAAGAUAUUUGAUGCCGUUAAUUUAGAACGGAUACCUCUGAUGAACGAUGCAGAAGUCGGUUAUCACUAUGCGCAGUUCAGCAUGGAGUAUCUGAAAGUAGCUUCUGAAAUAAGUGACGAUUCGUCAUUCCGUGUUCGCCAACACAUCAAAAGAUCAAAGAAGUAUAAGGAUAUUGAUGUGAACAGCUGUCUUCAACUCCUCAUGGAUGUCACUUCACAAAUGCUUGAGCCAAAGGCGUCGACGGGAACUUGCGCUCGUGUAGCAUUAGUGUCAUCAGUAGCGCACGCUAGCGGCGGUGGAUCGUUUAGUGCCGCCUCGCAGUGGUGGUGGGCGGGGGCGCUUAUAGCCGCCACUACAGGCGCAGCGCACGCGCAUCUACAGCAGUACAGUACCGCGGCGCGAGCUUUGCUCCAUGCUCUUUCGCUGUGUUUAGCAGCACUGGACACUGUUUGCAGUCCACUGCAGGAAUUGUCAUCUGUACACCAAAAAUUACUCAAGUCAUUAUCAUCGAGUUACGCUCCGCUGCGUCAAGCAGCAUUGCACGGAUGCUUACUGCAACUAACUGCGAAGCCGCGAGCUGCACACCCAUCUGCUCACUGUCACGACUUGGUGACGCAGCUUAAUGUCGCUGUCAGACAAUAUCUUGAGCCCAAUGCUAAAAUCUCCUUGUAUGAACAAAGCCUAUACUGGACGGUGUUAUUCACCCUCAUAGAGCUUGGUCAUCCGGAUUUGAUUAAUUUAGCUGUUGAAUUUGUGCUCAAUAAUCAGAGGCACUAUUGCACUGACCUCGUUGUUAGGGGCAUAACUAUAACAAUCAGACAACAACUUCUACCUAAAGAUCUCAAGAAUUCAGUUAUAGAGAAACUGCUAGAAAACAUGAAGAGUUAUAGAGAAGAACACGCUAUACAAAUACUGUUAGUGCACCUUUUCUCAGCCGAUAACAAACUAUUAAGUCCAAAACUAGCGUCAGACGUUUCUAACAUGGACCCAGAUAUUUUGAUGAACUCAAUGGAACGCCUGACCUUACUCUAUAAAGUGCUACGUCAGUGUAAAUCUAGAGAAAACAAAGCGAUCAUAGCUGAUACCAUGAAGUAUUUCUUGAGGGAAACUUUACCACCAGCUGCGACACUGAGUAGAGUCGUCAUAGAAUUCCUAGAAUGCUGUAAAGAGACUGAGAAAAUGGAGAUGGGAAUAUUGAACGAUAGAGACAGAUGGAUCGACUGUUCGGUGUUGAACGCUGAAAUAGUUUUUGAGGUAUUCGAAACAGCCGUAACCCAAGAUCAGCUACCAGUCUUAAGCGGUUGGAUAUUCGAAGCACUUUGUCAUUUACUAUCUGGAAAAAUAUCACCAAAUCUACUGCCAUAUUGCGUUCUAAUGUUAUUAGUAUCAGCCAGUUCUAACCGGUUUAUAAGAAAAGUAGCUCCCCUAUGUUACCAUGUCUUGAAAUUAGGUUUCCACAAAUGUAUGGAUUGGGGAGACGUAUGGGGUAUUUUUAAAGAGUUCUUGAGAAAGAAUGGGGUGACCAUGUCUUUUUCCGAUCGUAGAUUGUUGUGUGUGGUGGCAACACAUUCUAGUUUCAGUGGAUCUCAGUUAGAGAGACUCAAAGAGUUGUGCGAAGGAAAUGAAUGCUUAAAUGAUUUGUUACAGUGUCUGUAGUAAUGCCUUGAUAGUGGUAUGUAUUCAUUUUUAGUUUUGCGACAAUAGAUUUAUAACAUAAAUAUUCUAAUAAAAUCGAGAUAAAAUAUAUGUAUCUGAGAGUUAUUGUGUCUCGUUUUUUUAUUAUGAAAAUAGCUUAUUCUAUAGUUAAAAUGUGUCGGUGACUAUGAAAAUUUAUUAUAGAAUUCAUGGGUCUAAUAGAUUUACUAUAUAUAUAAUAUUUAUAGUGCUAUCAUAAAGGAAAACAGGAGAAAAACAGCAGGAAAACGACCAAUAGAAUAUUACUUUGAGAAAACAGCAAUUUAACGUCCAAAUAAAAGAAAGAAAUAGAACAUAGUAGUGCUAUUAGUUCUGAUUGUAACAAAUCGCAAAACGUCGCUAUAUAUGACCAAGUCCCGUAAUUUUACUUAAGUGACUUAGUACAAAGAUUUGAAAUUUAUGAUUAUAGAAUAAUUAUAUUGUAUUUAGAUCACUGCACAUAGUUUAGAAGCAUCUUUUUGUUUUAAUUCCAAACUGCGUUUCAUUACCGAAAAGUUAUAAUCUGUUAUUAAAUAUAUCCUUGGUGAUUUUUAUCAUAACCUUUUAUUCUAUGUAACAAUGAAUUUAUGCUUAAUUCCUCUGCGUAGUGGUUAAGUAGUUAAAUGAAAUCUAUUAUUCCUUAGCUUGUAAUAUGACUUUAAUUUAGAUACUGAUUGUUGUAUGUAUAGAUUUAUUUGUUGUUUAUAUAGUUGCGAUUAUAGAUUAAUGGAGGGCAUACCUGUAUUUUACUAUUAUACAAUAAAAAUGGCCGCUAUAAUUUGUAUAUACAGUAUUUUUAUGUAGACAUGAGAAAAAAAUGGUUUGAAACAAAUAAAAUAAAUGUGAAAUUUUGUUGUCCUGCAUGCAUUCAUAAUAUGUUAAAAACCGAAAAUUGCAUGCAAUAAAAAAUAUAUUGCAUGAAAAGCCAUCCGAAUAUCCGAAAAUCUGAAUAUCCGUGUUAUUUUAAACAGUCUGUAUUCUAAACGAAAGUAUGAAAUGUCAAGUGUUAUUAUCACAACUGCCACAUGCAAAAGCGACACGAACUGGCUUAAAAUAAUAUUUUUUUAAUUUAUUUUGAUGGACGAGUCAUGCUCGAGGCGGCGAGGUAUAAGAUAACAAAGGCAUUCAGGUGCCGUCGUGUCGUGUAUUUGUGUUGAAUCAGGUCUUGUAAAUAUAAUAACGCAAAUACAUUUAUUCCAGCGAAAAAUUUUUUUCGAAUCAAAUUAGUUACCAAUAUAAAUGCAAAAUUUUUGAUUUUGUAAUCUCAGUUCUCUUUAUGAGACUUAGUAGCGCUGUUCCAAUAUCAAUACAGAUGCUCCAUACGAAUAAUGAUUCGAAAUUGAUGAUUUUUCAUAUUAAAUAUCUGUAAAAUUAAUUGUAUGACAGUUUUAAAAAAAAUUCUUUAGUAAUGUAAAAACAUGUAAUUUUUAUGGUGAAACGCCAGCUGACAAAACAGAUUGGUAAAUUAACUGAAGGCACUGUAAAAUGGAUGUUUUAGAAUAUAUUAUAUUGAAAUUUGUAUUUAUGUGAAAGAAACGUGAAUAAAAAAUCUUGUUCAAAUUUUAAUGAAUUCAAAUUAUUGGUAUUUCUCUUUAUGGUUGUGUAAUAUAAUCUUCGAUCAAUAUAGAAUACAGACAUUUGUACAGACAAUUUGACGAAGGACCGGAGUAGAUUAAUAUAAUAUUUUUUCAAGUAAUAUUAUAACCAGUCAUACAUGUAGGUGGUCUUUUUUUGUUGUUGUCUUUAUAUGGAUAUUCUGGUGAUACAAACUGGUGAUAACAAACAGUAAGAAAAUAUAGUUUGGGUAUAAUUUUGGACUAAACAGACUACUAUUUCCACGAUUAAAGUUUUAUAUAUUUAAAACCUCGUAUCUCAGAGUCAUAUCCAUAUCAAUAUAUACCUUUAAGAUCAACGACCCGAAAUACAUAGCUUCUUCCUUCGAUAGUUGAUCAUUAUAAAAGAAAAAAUUAUUACAUAUUUUAUAAACCAAAUCUUUCUUUCGCACACUUUUUAAAUAAAAAAAAAUAAGAUGGGAUUUAAUGAAUGUUAUUAUUGAUUUUAUUAGAUAAACGAAAAGGCUGUUGUAUAUUUAACAAAUUCAGUUAUUAUAAUGUAACGCAUAGCUUCAUGGAAAGGUACCUAAUAUACAUAAAUU